AUGCAUUCAGAGCCACCAGCUCUCACAGAGGAGGAAACGCAAUCCCUGCGAGCCCUGCUAGAUCCCUGCACCCGCUUCUUUGAGGAGGUUAACAAUCCUGCUACAAAUGAGAAGCUGGAGUCCAUUGAGGAGGCCACCUUGACGGGGCUGAAAGACCUGGGAGCCUUUGGGCUGCAGGUGCCCGAGGAGCUGGGAGGCACUGGACUGAAGAACAGCCAGUACGCUCGCAUAGUGGAGGUGGUGGGACUGCAUGACCUCGGUGUGGGCAUCAUCCUCGGUGCACAUCAGUCCAUUGGCUUCAAGGGCAUCCUGCUCUUUGGGACCCCAAGCCAGAAGGAGAAGUACCUGCCCAAGCUCGCCUCCGGGGAGAUCACAGCUGCCUUCUGCCUGACGGAGCCCGCUACCGGCUCGGAUGCAGCCUCCAUCCGGACAGUGGCUGACCUCAGCCCCUGUGGCAAGUUCUACACCCUCAAUGGAGAGAAGAUCUGGAUCAGUAAUGGAGGGAUAGCUGAGAUCUUCACUGUGUUUGCCAAGACACCAAUAAAAGUAGAAACAGGUGAAAUGAAAGAAAGGAUUUCCGCUUUCAUCGUAGAGCGAGCAUUUGGGGGAGUAACCAGUGGCCCUCCAGAGAAGAAGAUGGGGAUCAAGUGUUCCAAUACAGCUGGGGUUCACUUUGAUAACGUGAAAGUGCCUGCAGAAAAUCUGCUGGGGGGACUCGGGAAAGGCUUCAAGGUGGCAAUGAACAUACUGAAUAAUGGCCGUUUUGGGAUGGCAUCUGCCCUGGCUGGGACCAUGCGAGGAGUGAUCGUCAAAGCCGCAGACCAUGCUGCUAACCGCACACAGUUUGGAGACAAGAUAAGCAACUAUGGGGCUAUUCAGGAGAAAAUUGCCCGGAUGGCCAUGCUGCACUAUGUCACAGAGUCAAUGGCCUAUGUGCUGAGCGCCAACAUGGACAUGAAGGUGACUGAUUACAAGCUGGAAGCUGCUAUCAGCAAGAUUUUUGCUUCGGAAGCAGCCUGGCAUGUCACGGAUGAGGUCAUCCAGGUCCUUGGAGGAAUGGGAUACAUGCAGGAAGCAGGUGUUGAGAAGAUCAUGAGGGACUUGAGGAUUUUCCGCAUCUUUGAGGGCACCAACGACAUCCUCCGGCUGUUUGUGGCACUGACAGGCAUUCAGUACGCUGGAGGCUGCUUGAAGAACCUGCAAAAAAGUAUCAUGAGCCCACUAGGGAAUGUGUGUGGUAUCCUCAGAGAAAUUGGAUGGAGAGCGAAGCGAAAAGUAGGGAUCUCUUCUGGCUUCUCUCUCCAGGGACUUGUUCAUUCAGACCUCGACAGCAGCACAGUCCAGCUAGCAAAGGCUGUGGACCUGCUGGGGGAAGCUGUGGAGAGCCUCCUGCUGAAGUUCGGCACCAGGCUGACAGAUAAGCAGUUCCACCUGAAGCGUGUGGCCGAUGCUGCGAUAGAUAUGUACGCCAUGGCCGUGGUGCUCUCCAGGGCCAGCCGAGCCUUGUCUCUGCAACAGGCGUCUGCAGAACAUGAGAAACUCCUGUGCCGGACAUGGUGCCAUGAGGCAUAUGAGCGAGUGAAGGCAAAUUUGAGAGCAGUGAAGUCAUCUGCGUGGAAUCAGUCCUGCAGUAACAUGAAGCUCAUAUCACAUGCGGUGGUGCAGAACAAGGGGGUCUACACAGCCCAUCCCCUUGGCUUCUGAAGGGAUCCUGCCUUGGGUUAGAGGGAACCACUAUGGCUCCUACCAGGACAUAAUAAAUUGCUAUUAGUUUGCUUCCACUGGUGUUGGUGCUAGCUGUGAGGGAGUUGACAGCUACAGCAAAGCCCACCCCACAUGCCACUCUUGCUGUGGCUCAAGGAGUGUCACCUCUUGUUGGCUCCUCUCCCAGUGGAGUGAAAAGGGGCCACUCCAUUCAAAGGCAAAAUGCUGCCACCGCAGUCAGGGAGUCCUUGCUCCAUCUCCUAGGCGAGUGCUUUGAGUGUAGAUGGUUGUGUGUGUGUCCACAUCUAACAGGCACGCCUUCAGGUACUUACAGCCUAGGUCAGCAGGAGAACUGAGCUCGCUGGACUGCUGUGUGUGUGGGGAUCUCACAUCUGCAGAGGAUGGUAUGAGGCCAUUUGUACAGUUCAGGUCAGGGCACGCAUCAAGAGUUCUGAUUUCUAACUUGUUUAUAUUGCAAGAGGUUCAGAUGAAUGCGGGACUUCACAGAGGGUCUGCAGCCUCCUCUGAUGUUAAUGUGGGCAGCCAGUCUAAAGCCAGGCUCUUAAAGCUUGAUAGAUGCACGCGUGGUGGCAGCCAAACUGCUGUGGGAGCUGCGUGCGGGCUGGAGAGAGCCUCUGCGUGGUGCCCUGCUCUGUGUCAGGGCCACCAUGUGCAAGGGGAUGCAGGGCCCUGGCAGGCAGGGAAGCUGGGCUGCGGUGCGAGGGGCUCCCCCAGGCUCCUCACCCCUGGCUGCUGUUGCUGCAUGGGUUGGAUGAGCAGUGCUGGCCAUAGGGUUCAUAGGAGCACCUCAGCUGGGCCGUGUUUGAGGGGCCAUCGCUGCAGCAUCGUCCCUAGGACCUGGUGAGUGCUCUGUAAGAGGGGGAGAAGCAGAGCCUUUCAUGGCUCUCAGGAGGCUGUUUGCACAGUCAGGGGCUCAGAGCAUGUUUGUGCACGAACAAGUAAGCCAUGGGGCGCAGCGUAUAAAAGCAUAGAAAGAGCAAAAGCCUGAACAGAGAUUAGAUUAAAAGAAAAUGUAAUUAAAUGCACAGAGCAUCCUGUCUGUUACUCAACUCUCCUUGCAUAACUCACGGGACCGGCUGUUUUCACAGAUGACUGCACCGCUGUCAAAUUUGUUUGCUGGGCACCUGUUGGAAGAACUGUCAGAUCAGCUCAAAAUUAAUUGCACAGGCACCUUUCACUUGUAAUGAGAUUUAAAAAUCUAGAAGAAAAAGUGCAAAAAGUUCUUGCAGCUCCUAAGAGAAGCCUGUGAUGCCUCCUGCUACUUAAUCCUCCCUGUGUACUCCAGCUGCCUGUAACGUGGAUGAAUCGGUGGUUCGGGGCAUGCCUUGAAGAAGCACCAUGCAGAUGCUACUGGCCACCAUUGUAACUAGUCCAAAUGUCCCCUAAAAAACAAAUAAAAAUUCUUGCCUUGUAA